UUAUAUGCCGCCAGUGGCGCCAAUAAUGGAGCUAUUAGCGGGCUGGCUGUGGUAGGUCGGCCUGGGUGGUCGUCCAGCUGAUCUCCGCCGCCCGGCAGUCGGCACGGCGCGAGCGCAGGCGAGCGAACACAGUGACCGGAGCAGACGGCGGGCGGCCGCGAGCGAAACUGGGCCGGGCGAGCGGUGCGGCGGCGGACUGUGACUGCGACUGUGACCGGCCUGUGAGCGCGACUGUGACUGAGCUGUGACGGGCGGCGGCGCCCAUGGCCGGCGGCGCUGACCGGCGCUGACCGGCGCGACAUGAGUGCCUCGGAGGAACAGGAGGGCGAGCCUGCCGGCAGCCCCGGCUCGCCGGCCGAGCCGGCCGCCACCGACUCGGACUCGGCCGCCGAGCCGGCCGGACGCGCCGCCGACUCGCCCGCCGGCCGCAAACGCAGCUCGUUCAUGAUCGCCGACGUGCUGCGGCCCAGCGCGGCCGACGAGCCCGAGCGGGUCGACUCGACCGGCGAGUCCAGCCGCGACGCCGAGCACGACGAGGCGUCCAAGGAGGGCGGCGAGUCGGCCGGGGAGGGGCCGCGGCCGGCCGACACCAGCCUCAGCAUCCUGGCCAGCAUCCAGCGCAUCGUCGAGAACCACGCCAAGCUGCUGGAGGCGCGCGCGCCGCCGCCGCUCGACCGCCGGAAGGCGAGCACGGCGGUGCGGCCGGCGCCUGACGAGCCGCGGCCGGCGGCGGCGGCGGCGGCGGCCGAGCGCCCGCCGCGCCGGCGGAGCGCCAGCCCCCCUCCGCCACCGCCGGCUCACCAGCAGCCGCUCAUCAACUCGCGCCUCAACUUCUCCAUCGACAACAUCCUGCGGCCGGACUUCAGCCUGGCGCCGGGCCUGGCGCAGCUCAGAGCUUUCCAGGCGGCGGCGGCGGCAGCGGCGGCUGCGGCUGCGGCGGCGGCGGCGGCCGGCCAUGAGCGGUCUGAGCCGGUCGACCUGCGCAGAGGGGGCGGCAGUCCGCGGGCCAAGUCGGUGAGCUCUCCGCCGGCCGGGGCGCCCGGUACGCCCGGUACGCCCGGUACACCCGCCGCGCCCGGCGCCGACCCGUCCAACAACAGCCGCUGGCCGGCCUGGGUGUACUGCACGCGCUACUCGGACCGACCCUCGUCAGGUCCCCGGGUGCGGAAGGUCAAGAAGCGGAAGCCGCCCGAGGAGAAGCGACCGCGCACGGCCUUCACGUCCGAGCAGCUGGCGCGACUCAAGGUGGAGUUCCAGGAGAACCGCUACCUCACCGAGAAGCGCCGCCAGGACCUGGCCAACGAGCUCGGCCUCAACGAGUCCCAGAUCAAGAUCUGGUUCCAGAACAAGCGCGCCAAGAUCAAGAAGUCGAUGGGCCUGCGGAACCCGCUGGCGCUCUCGCUGAUGUCGGAGGGGCUCUACAACCACGCCACUGUUCCCGUUGACGACGAGGACUGAGGCGCCGGCCGGACCCCGCGCCAGCCUUCGGGAGGAAGCCGUACGUAGGCGCGGCUGUGGUCUCACUCUCAUAGAGUUCGCCCCCGCUGUGCGAGUCUGUAUCUGGCUGAAAGGCAUUAGGAUGUGAAUUCAGUCGUACGGUUUAGCUGGUCUGAUUCAUGUAAGCAGCGACUCUCACUAGAUACGCAAUGUUCUGGCUCAGUAAUUGUCAGGCUCAGCAUCGGUCGGACUAGACGCCGCUACAGUUAGUGCUCAGUCAGAGUUGCUCGCGAAAGUUCGGACGUGCGCGUGCAUUCUGAUAGGAUGAGCUCAAUUAUAGGAGAGGGCGUGCUGCAGCCAGUUGGCUGGGAGGCGUCUAGGAGUCCACCACCGCUGCUGCGGCGCGGCGGCCGACCGACACUCGACUCCAUCGAACAGUCGGGUGGCCGCUGCCGCCACCUGCAGCUCUUGCCAAAGCAGUGUGACUGGAGGUCGGCGCAGUCGGGGGUGCCCUCGGUGGCGCGGCGGGUGGCUCAGUCGCCGCCGACGCCACAGGGAUGGGAGAGUCAGCCCGUCAGAGCUCCGGCUCGGCGGCGCAGACGGCGACGUGGGGCCUCCGCGGGCCUCGCAGUAGGGUGGGCUAGAUCAGUAGCAGAGGCGUAGUCGCCGGAGCAUCACACUAGUCUGUGCAUUUUGAUUGUUAUUGCGGUAUUGUUUUAAUUAUUUAUUGACUGCUGAGGUGGGACUGGUUCGGUGCGCAGUCUGCCCUCAGUGGGAGUGGUCUGGCUGUACCGCCGGCCGGCCGCGGUCCGCGCUGAGAGGGACUGGUCUGGACAUGUGUGUGCCGCCGGCCGGCAACUAUGUAAACGCGGCCGUAGAACCUAUUAGGACAGAAAAGGCGCGCGCUAUGUGCGACGUCACCAUAUUAUUUCGCGUCGAGCGGGCUGCGGACUGACGUAUAGCGCAGGCUGCGAUCCUAUGAGAGCUGACCGGGUGCGAGUGUACCGUAUACAUCGACUGCAGCGGAGCGGAGCCGGCUGGAGCCUGCAGUGCCGCCGCUCUCUGAAGCCGACCGCUCCUGACAUUGGUGUGAAUUGUAAUAUAAACGCUCUCAAUUUGUGUACACAUGUUACCAAGAUUAUAGCUGAGUGUCCUCCGGA